AUGACAUCAUUAUCAGAGAGCUUCGAUGUGAUUCUGGAGCAAAACACACUGGACGGGGCAACGGAGGCCCUUCGUGAAUACCUUGAGGCCUACUGGAUGGCCGUCAACCCAAUUGGAGAUCUCUCCAAGGCGGAGAAGAUCCUCGGUGUAGUUGCGGGCACUCACGGCAGGGCGCAAGGCGAGCAUAAAAUUUUCCUGCCGAUGGUACCUGGACGCCCGGGAUUAAACAUUGUCACACAGGUAAGGCUUCCCCCUAUGAGGGUUGUCCCCACGGUAAAGAUGCCACCUUAA